CCUGAAUUUGUAAGUGAGCCCCAGCUGUCUUAUUGGUGUUGGGGCAGCAUCAUUGUGGAAACAUCAGACAGUAUGAAACUCCUCAUCCUCUGUGCCUGGCUCUUUCUCGUGCCCGAAAUACAAAGUCUUGAAAUAAUAGCGGGCGACUUUUCUGAUGUGGCUCCCAUAGGAACAGCUGGAUCUGAUGAGACUGUAGAUGGUCCUCCUGUAAAUAUAAACAGAUAUGAAAGACGCCAUAAGAGAAGUGAUGACAGGAGCCAGGAGGAGGAUGAGGAUCACAUUGAUGAAUACAUCACCAUUCACAGCUAUAAAGUUAAAUCCAUCAUCACCUCACGCUUUUCUGAAACAGUCUUCAGCAUGAAGGUAGUGAAUAAGGAUUCGAGUCCACAGGAUGUGACGUUCAACGUAGAAAUUCCAAAAGGAGCCUACAUCUCAAAUUUCACGAUGACGGUGAAUGAUAAUACGUUUGUUGGAUCUGUGCAUGAGAAAAGUGUGGCCAGAAAUCUUUACGCACAAGCACGAGCCCAAGGGAAGGCUGCUGGAAUUCUUAGGACAUCGGCUCAUGAGAUGGAAAGCUUUAAAGCUGAAGUGAAUGUUCCUGGUGGGAGCAAAGUCAGCUUUGAACUUUAUUGCCAAGAACUGUUACAACGACAACUGGGGUUUUAUGAACAGACUAUUAUACUCCGCCCAGGAAACUUGGUGAAGCAGCUCCAGGUGGAUGUCUACAUAUUUGAGCCGCAAGGGAUCAGCCGUAUUGAAGCACCUAACAUGCUCGGAGAACAGUUUGAUGGGCUCAUCCGUAUGACUAAAGGAGAAAACAAGGCUCAUGUUUCCUUCAAGCCAACUGUGGACCAACAGCGGAAAUGCCCAAAUUGUACAGACUCUGCCAUUGAUGGAAGCUUUAUUGUGAAAUAUGAUGUGAAACGGGAGCUCAAUGGUGGAAACAUUCAGGUUUCCAAUGGUUACUUUGCUCACUUUUUUGCUCCUAAUAAUCUUCCACCACUUCCUAAAAACAUCAUCUUUGUCAUUGAUGUCAGUGGCUCAAUGUGGGGAAUUAAAAUGAAGCAGACCGUUGAAGCCAUGACAACGAUUCUGUCCGAUCUUCGCCCGGAGGACCAUUUCACAAUUAUUGAUUUCAACCACAACAUUCGUUUCUGGAGUGAUAAACUGGUUGCAGCCACUCCCAUCUUCAUUGAAGAUGCCAAAAAAUAUAUUGAGAAAAUCCAGCCCAAUGGUGGAACAAACAUCAAUGAAGCAAUCCUUUCAGCUAUUUAUAUAUUAAUGGAGGCCAAUAAGUUGGGUCUGCUGGGUCCACGAUCUGUAUCGUUCAUUAUUAUGUUUUCGGAUGGAGACCCCACAGUAGGUGAAAUUAAAUUGAGCAACAUCCAGAGAAAUGUCAGAAGGCAAAUGCAGGAAGAUUUCUCUCUUUUCUGCCUUGGAAUUGGUUUUGACGUGGACUAUGAUUUUCUAGAAAGGAUAGCUCUUGAAAACCGAGGAUUUGCUCGGCGUAUUAUUGCAAAUGUCAAUGCAUCCAGUCAGCUGAAGGAUUUCUAUGAAGAAGUGGCCACUCCAUUGCUGAGAAAGAUUGACAUACACUACGGUGAUGAUGUGACAGACGUGACACAAAAUAGUUUCGACAAGUAUUUCAGUGGUUCUGAGAUAAUUGUAGCAGGAAAACUGGUUGACACGAAACCUUCAUCUUUCCAAUGCUUGGUGACAGCAUCCUCAGCAAAAGAUGACCUAAUGUUUCAGAUAGACACGCCAACAGAUGAACUUGACAAGAUUUUGGCUAAGCAGAAAUAUGUUCUUCCAGAAUUCGCAAAGCAGCUAUGGGCCUACUUGAUGAUUAGGCAGUUAUUAUCUGAGAGGGUGCUUGCUCAAUCAGCUUUGCAGAAGAGGAAUAUUACAAGCAGGAUUUUAGCUAUUGCCCUGGUUCACCAGCUUGUAACACCUGUGACUGCCAUGAUGGUAGAAAGUGAAGAAACUGGCCACAGACUGUUAGCAGAUUCUCCCAAGAGCACCAGAAAUGGAUGUUGUACAGGCACCCCUAUUAUUGGAAAGAAGACACCUGCUAUUCCAACUUGGGCAAAGAACAGUUAUUCUACACCUCAACCUCCUCAGCAACUGAUUCGUCCCAAAGGGGAUUCAGAACUAGGAUUAAAAAUUCCUGUCACAUUGGUUGAAAAUGAUCCACAUUUCAUCAUUCACCUGCCCAAGAGCAAACAGGAUAUUUGCUUCAAUAUUAAUCCACAACCUGGAAAAAUCCUGAAUUUGGUGUCAGAUCCAAUCAAAGAAAUUUACUCAAACUAUUUGUGUAUUUUCCAUUUUAGUGUUGUUGUCUCAGUGCAAAAAAAUACUAAUGUCAUCAUCACUGUGGGAGAAGAUAUGGUCUUCCUGAUCUUACUGCAUCGUGUCUGGAAAAACCAUCCAACCAACGUGGAUUUCCUGGGAUUUUACGCUCCUCCUUCAAACAACUACUCAACAAGUGUUCAUGGAUUAAUUGGUCAGUUCAUCCAUGAACCUGAAGUGAAUGUGUACAAUAUCCGCCAGGGCUCAGAUCCUGAUAAACCACAAGCAACCAUGGAAGUGAAAGGACACCAAAUUACAGUAACCAGGGGUUUACAGAAAGACUAUAGGACAGAUACAGUAAAUGGCACAGAUGUCCAGUGCUGGUUCAUCCACAAUAGCGGAAAAGGUUUUAUCGAUGGACAUUUCAAAGAUUAUCUUGUUCCACACCUUUACAGCUUCCUGAAUCAUCCGCAAGCUUUCUGAAACUGCAAAGGCUAGAAAGAUAGAAGGUAGACAGUAUCUGCAGCAUAGAAAAAUAAUUGAAAACUAGUAAUAAAAAUCACUUUUAAAGCAAACUUUUCAUUCAAUAGUCACAAGAAUAUUGCUUUGACUAAAGUGUCUUCUACCAUAAUCUUUCACUGUAAUAGUGUUUCAUAACCCGCGCAUAUACUUUUGACUCUUAAUGUAUUUCAACAUUCACUUAUGAUGCAGAUUAGAUGGCAUCUGGAUACCAAUUACAGAGGGUCUGCUGUACUCGUACUCAAUUUUUUUUAAUUUGCUGAAUUUUGCUUAGCAAUGUGAAUGAAACAUUGUGGAUUGUAAUGGAUUAAUAUCAUUCCCAGUUAACCAAAUUUCAAAAUUAUAAACAGAAAAUAUAUAAAGGCUGCUUUUGACUGCAAUAAAUGGAGUAAGAGUUUCAAAGCAAAUACAGUUGCUUAGCUGUUACUUCCCCAUUUAAGGAGAUCCAGCUCACCUGGCUUUUAAAACAAAGUGCUUUGAACAAGUUGUUCCAUGUAUAUUAUUAAAAGUAUCAGCUAUAAAAUCCGCAACAAUUUAAUGAUCUCUGGAUGGCUUAUUCAUCACUGGUAAAUGGUAAAGAAUUGGGACACAGGACACUUGUUACCUCCAGCUGACCUGAAAGAGCAAACAUGACAAUCUCUGGUUGUUCCGCUUUUCUAUUUUGAUUAUUGUAUAUAAAACAUUACUGGGAACUGAUCAAGUUCAUAACAGUGAAUGCAGAAUUGUAGUGCAUAAUAAAUACGAUGUUUUGCAAAUUUCA